GAGCCAACUGACUCUGAUUCAGUUUACGCGCGCGACUGAAAACCAGAGAAAGACGAAAGAAGCAGAAAUAGAGCCUCGAGGGUCAACACGGAUUGGUACUUGGGCUAAUGGCGACCUUAGUGUCUGUUGCCGGCGCACUUACAGCGAAUGAUCGCCGGAUUUUGUCGGCCGUGAACACCGGAGCGUCCAGCCUUUCCUUCGUCGGGUCGAGCUUCAUUGUGCUCUGCUACGUCCUAUUCAAGGAGCUCCGCAAGUUUUCCUUCAAACUUGUUUUCUACCUUGCCCUCUCUGACAUGCUUUGCAGUUUCUUCAACAUAGUAGGGGACCCAUCCAAAGGUUUCUUUUGUUAUGCUCAGAGUUAUAGCACACAUUUCUUUUGUGUGGCAUCUUUCCUAUGGACUACAACAAUUGCUUUUACCCUUCAUCGCACUGUUGUCAGGCACAAAACAGAUGUUGAAGAUUUGGAGGCCAUGUUUCAUCUAUAUGUUUGGGGUACCUCCCUAGUAAUGACAGUCAUUCGCUCCUUUGGUAAUGACCAUAGACAUUUCGGCACAUGGUGUUCAAGUCAAAUGGGUCGCACUGGGAAGGCGGUUCAUUUUAUCACAUUUUAUAUGCCACUUUGGGGUGCAAUUCUUUACAAUGGGUUUACAUAUUUUCAAGUAAUACGCAUGCUGAACAAUGCAACCCGUAUGGCAGUUGGUAUUUCAGACCGAAAUUAUGUCUCAGACACGAGAGAUAACAUGAAGGCUGUGAGUCGCUGGGGAUACUAUCCUCUGAUUCUGAUAGGAUCCUUUGCAUUUGGCACUAUCAACCGCAUUCAUGACUUUAUUGAACCUGACCAUAAGAUCUUUUGGCUUUCAUUUCUAGAUGUUGGAACGGCUGCCCUCAUGGGCCUCUUCAACUCAAUAGCAUAUGGCCUCAAUUCUUCUGUUCGUCGGGCAAUUUUUGAGAGACUAAACAUGUUCUUGCCAGAGAGACUCUGCAGAUGGCUUCCUAAUAAUUCGAAGUAUAGAAAUCAACAACAAGAAAGUGAGCUAGUCUCAUUAAAAAUUGAAGACGAACGAUAGUGAAGGGACAUGGUAUAAUCCUCCAUUCCAUGUUAUUUGUUGCUUUGCUGUGUCGCUCGCUGAUAUGAAUCAUGUGGGUGUCGCUAUGAAAUCUGCUUUGCCAGCCCAAGCUUGGUACCUAUCUUGUCAUAGACAACAGCAGAUGAGGCAACUUAUUUUGAUGUGUCGGGAAGCUAUGAUUAUGCUCAAGCAAAGACCCACUUGUGACUGCCGCCGCAAGUGCAAUUUUUUAAUGGAAGCCUAAACUUCUGUUCCUUUUGUUAUUCUUUUGCAGGUCCUAAUUUCGAGCAUCUCUGUAUAUGUCCAUGUAUUUCUCUCUAAUUUUUGAGAUAGAAUGUUUCAUUCAUAUUUUUGUAGUAUGGUAUGGAUGCACGUCCAAAUUGUCACCCUAUUUUAGUAUUUUUAUUCCAUAUCUGCACUGUAUUUAGGACCCAUUUGGUUGGUUACAAGAAUGGAUAGUAAUGGUAAUCAAAAGGCCUUUUGUGGCGGCUGGGGAUUGUUUUCCCCCUCCCC